UCUAUCCACCGACGAACCUUCCAGUAACAUAAGGUUGGACGGCCGCUCUACUUAACGCCGGCGAGGAGACCCCUUCUCCUCGUCCGCCGCGGCCAACGAGUCUGUCAGAGCCAUCAGACGAGUCUCCAAAACUCGGUCCUCCCACGGUAUUCUUCGGACUCCACUAGCGGCCAAGUACGAGGUUAUAAGUGCCUGCCACGCACACGGCACACCACGCCAUUGCCAACACCAUUAACUAGCCGGCAGCUGUCCCAUCCAGUCCUGAGCUCUCUGCCAUGGCUCUCCUCCACCUAGCCUCGCUAAUGGCCACACUACUCCUUGCAACCGCACCCGCACCCGCAACCGCACUCGGCUCGGCAUCCAACGCCAGCACCGCCGACCUCUCGGCCCUCCUCGCCUUCAAAGCCCGGCUGCCCGACCCCCACGGCGUCCUCCGCGCCAGCUGGACGGCCGGCACGCCCUACUGCGGCUGGGUCGGCGUCUCCUGCGGCAGCCGCCACAGGCUGCGCGUCACGGCCCUGGUGCUCCCCGGCGUGCCGCUGGUGGGCACCCUGGCUCCCGAGCUCGGCAACCUGUCCUUCCUCUCCAGCCUCAACCUCAGCAACGCCGAGCUCACGGGGCCCAUUCCAGCCGACCUUGGAAAGCUGAGGCGCCUCCUUUCCCUUGAUCUCUCGAGCAAUUAUCUUUCGGGCGCUGUUCCGCCCGCUCUCGGCAACCUUACCGCGCUUUUGAUUCUCAAUCUUGACUCGAACAACCUCACCGGUGAAAUCCCAUACGAGCUGCGCAAUCUGCAAAACGUUGGGUUCCUCAGUCUAAGCAGGAACGACUUGAGCGGGCCGGUGCCUCAGAACUUGUUCAACGGCACAUCUCAGCUGCGCUUCUUGAGCCUUGCACUUAACAGCCUGACAGGGAACAUUCCUAGUGCUAUUGGUUUUUUGCCAAACCUUGAGGUCCUCGAACUAUCGAGGAACCAGCUUUCAGGGCAAAUACCAUCCUCACUGUUCAACAUGUCCAACCUGCAAUGGCUGUACCUCUCCAAGAACAAUCUCUCGGGGCCGGUGCCGAACAACCAAAGCUUCAAUCUUCCCAUGUUGCAACGCGCGUAUCUCAACAAAAACAAUCUCACCGGUAUGGUGCCCCCGGGCUUUGGGUUGUGCAAGAACCUGCAGCAGUUCAAUCUGGCCUACAACCACUUCACCGGUGGAAUACCGUUGUGGUUGUCUGCCAUGCCGGAGUUGACGAUUAUCUCCCUUGGUGGUAACGACCUUUCCGGGGAAAUCCCUUCCAGCUUGAGCAAUCUUACUGGUCUCACCGUACUAGACUUCACCACGAGUAAGCUGCAUGGGAAGAUCCCGGCGGAGUUGGGGCGGUUGACACAGCUGCAGUGGCUGAACCUUGAAAUGAACAACUUGUCAGGUACCAUUCCAUCCUCCAUAAAAAACAUGUCCACGAUCUCUAUUCUUGACAUAUCCUUCAACUCAUUGACUGGACCUGUGCCAAGAAAGAUAUUUGGGGAAUCUCUUAGCGAACUCUACAUUGAUGAGAAUAAGCUUAGUGGAGACGUCGGUUUCCUGGCUGACUUGUCAAGUUGCAAGAGCCUCAAAUACAUUGUCAUGAGCACAAACUACUUCACUGGUAGCAUCCCCAACUCUUUUAGCAAUCUCUCCUCCCUCCAGAUCUUUCGAGCAUUUGAGAACCAAAUAACUGGGAACAUUCCUAAAACGCUGACAAAUCAGAGCAGCAUCUUAUUCAUCAAUCUUCGCAACAAUCGAUUAACCGGGGAAAUUCCAAUAUCAGUUACGGAACUGAAGAAUCUCCAAGCUCUCGAGUUGUCUAGCAAUGAGUUGUCUGGGACUAUUCCUGCACACAUAGGCAGAUUAGCAAACUUGUAUGGUUUGAACCUUUCCAAAAACAAGCUCCAUGGCACUAUACCCGAUAGCAUUGGUAAUCUGAGCCAACUACAAAUCUUAGGAUUAUCAGCUAACCGACUCACUUCGACAAUACCCAUGGGGCUAUGGGGCCUCCAGAAUAUUGUGAAGCUUGGUCUGUCUCUUAACGCCUUGAGUGGCUCUUUGUCAGAAAAUGUGGAAAAUCUGAAGGCAAUAACACUAAUGGACCUUUCUUCCAACCAACUCCAUGGCAAUUUACCAGCUUCAUUGGGGGUGCUCAGUACACUAACCAACCUGAAUCUAUCAAAGAACAUGUUCCAAGAUCAAGUACCGGAUGCAAUUGGCAAGUUAAGCAGCAUUAACACCUUGGAUCUUUCAUACAACUCCCUGUCUGGUACCAUUCCAAAGUACUUCGCCAACCUUAGCUACCUCACUAGCCUAAAUUUAUCGUUCAAUAGACUGUCUGGCCAAAUCCCAGUUAGCGGUGUGUUCUCAAACAUCACCCUCCAAUCAUUGGUAGGGAACACCGCACUAUGUGGCCUUCCGCGCCUUGGGUUCCCACACUGCCCAAAUGAUGAACUCAACCUUCACCACCGAUCAGGUUUUCUAAAAUAUGUGCUUCCUAGCGCCAUAGCGACUGGAAUAAUAGGAGUUUGCUUGUUCACUAUGGUCAGAAUUCGUGUUAAAAAGAGGUCAAAGGAGGUGCCAGUCACUAGAUUGGCGGCAGAUAACUACAGGCCACUCUCCUACUUUGAACUUGUUCGCGCCACAAACAAUUUCGAUGAUGAUAACUUGAUAGGAGCCGGAAGCUAUGGUAAAGUAUUCAAAGGCAAGUUGGACGAUGAGCAGAUCAUCGCGGUUAAAGUCCUUAACAUGGAACUAGAAAGGGCCACCAUGAGCUUUGAUGUUGAGUGCCGUGCGCUUCGCUUGGCCCGGCAUCGAAACCUGCUUAGGAUACUCACCACAUGUUCAAAUCUGGAUUUCAAGGCACUAGUGCUCCAGUACAUGCCAAAUGGGAGCCUAGAUGAAUGGUUGUUCUCUAGUAACCGGCGCGGACUGGGAUUGGUCCAACGGGUGAGUAUCAUGUUGGAUGUGGCAUUGGCGAUGGCUUACCUUCACCAUGAGCACUUUGAGGUCGUCCUUCACUGUGACCUGAAGCCAAGCAACGUGUUGCUUGAUGAAGAUAUGACGGCUCGUGUAGCUGACUUCGGCAUCGCAAGAUUAUUGCUGGGAAACGACACUUCCAUAGUUUCGAGGAACAUGCAUGGAACGAUAGGCUAUAUGGCACCAGAGUAUGCCUCAACCGGUAAAGCAUCGCGGAAGAGUGAUGUGUUCAGCUACGGGAUCAUGCUGCUCGAAGUCAUCACGGGGAAGAAACCCACCGACACCAUGUUUAACGAAGAACUGAGCCUCAGAGAGUGGGUCAACCAAGCAUUCUCAUCAAGACUUGCUGAUGUCGUGGAUCAUAACAUCUUUCUGGACGAGGAGGCAACAAGCAGUGGAGAUAUCCAAGAAGACAAUUGGUCAUCACGGGAAGAAUCUCCCAACGGAUGGAGCUGCCUAGCGCAGAUGCUGGAUUUGGGUUUACAGUGCUCCCAUGACUUGCCUGAGGAGAGGAUGACGAUGAAGGAUGUGGCUGCGAAGCUCGAGCGGAUUAAGAAGUGUUUAUCGUCCUCCAGGUGAUCCGCUCUGCAGCUGAAGGCAGUUGCGUUUUCAAGAUCCCCUAGUAGUCUAGUUCUAAUUGUUUAAGAGUGAUGUUGUGAAGUUAAACAAGGUCAAGUCAAAUUGGGACCUUUUUUUUUUCUUGAACGUUGCCGCAUCAUGGCUCUUCGGGCUCCGGCGACGGCGUGCCGCUCGGCGGCGCCGUAGAGGCAGAGCUCGGCAACAUCUCCGAGAAAGUACUAUGUAGGAUUGAAUAUGGGCAAAUUAUCCAA